AUGUCGACACCGACGCCAGCGGCCAUGAAGCAUGCGCCCUCACAGCAGGGACGCACUCCAUCCGGCCAGCAGGGCCGCACACCAUCACACUUCCCAGCCGCCACGCCGCCCGUCUCGACGCCCUUGAACGCCGCUCAAGCAGCCUUCUCCCCGCGCGGUCCACACUCAUCGCCGCAGUACGUUAAGAAGUCACCUGCCACGAUGGGAAUGGCGGGCCAAUCAACAAUGGCCGCACUCAACUUUGACAGUCCCUCGACGGCGGCGGCUAUGGGCGCUCUCGUCAUGGGUAGCGGCUUUGACAUGGGUCUCGAAGGCGUCCCUGGCCUCGACGGCGUUGGUGGUGCAUAUGCUAGUGAGGAGGAGAAGCUACGACGUCUAGAGAACAUGAUUAGAAUGUUCAAUGAAAAAAAGGGCAUGGUCAGCGAAGCCGGCAUCGGGCGACUCGCACAACGACUUGGCAUGGAAAUUCUCGCUGAAGAAAACUCCACACCUGGCGGCCGUAAAACGAAAACACUAGCGAUUGCUGGAUCUGCUAUUGCCCUUGAUAUUGUCUUGGACAACAAUAUUGUCCAGAACGCGACUCUCUCAUACCAUGGAAACGCCGACUCGGUCACAAAACACAUUGAUGCCGCCAGCCAGAUUCUGAUGAAAGAUCUUCAACUUUUUCCGGGCCAAAGCCCUCUCACCAAGACGCUGGAGAGGUUUGCCAUGAACUUCGAGCGUCUUGCUACGCUGGACAAGUUGAGCAUCGUUCCCGGGCUGGAUUGCCACGAGGCCUUGGCGAGCAUGUAUUCCAGCCUGGAGCGCUUGUAUGAUUGGGACGUGGAGCAACUACGCCGAGGUGGCGGAAUGGCCGGCAAGCCAGAUGCCCUGUUAGCAAGUGCUGCCAUGUGCACCAGACACGGGAAACCAGUCAUGCAUGAACGCGGCCAAGUUGGGCUCGCUCUGCAGUACUGGAAAGAGAAGAGAUUUGUCGCACCACCACCUGUGCAGAAUGACAAUAACAAAAGCAAAGUAUGGUCUAUGCUUCUUGGCUGUGCUGCCAUUGAUGGCGUGGGACUACUACCGGCUCGAGUAUCGGAGAAUUGGAUCUCGAAAGACAUCAUCAAGCAAGACGACAUGAUGGGCACACUCACUUCUCCCAUUCUUGACUGGCAAGAGCCCGAACAUGUUUCGUUGCCUCAAACCGACGAAAACAAGGACGCCAGUAUGGACCUACUUCAGGAUGAUCUUUCUACUACGAGAGUGCCGCGCGUCAUGUUCACCGCCACAUUUGACCCGCCCGUCAUUCUCCCCCAAACCGAAUGGGCGCGUCUAUACGCGCUUGCGGGUGUCGAGCCACCCAACGACUUCAACCGCCAGCCCCCUACUUUUGACGCCCUCUUCUUCCCACUGGCGCCGGGCACGAGGCAAGAUCCGAGCGAAGCCCGCACCAUUGUUCGCAGACACCAGUUCCCCAUGAUCAAUACGUACAAUGACGCCUUGACGAGGACCCACCAAAACAGCUUAUUCAUCUACAAGCCUAUAUACUCGCAAGAACUUUCGGAGCUGCCCUUUGGCCAUCCCAGGCAGCUCGUUGACAUGCUGCCGGUACUUCGCCAGUACGCCUUCUUGUCGACAUUGCUUGAGAGCAGCUUCGGGAGGGAGGAUGGUUCUGCUGUCGACAAUGCGAAAGCAAGCGUGCAGGGAAAUGAGCUCGAAAAGGAUAGGACAACUAUGAAAGACCAACUGGCUGAUUUCAUGAGCUUGGGGAAUAAUGACGCGAAAGUGGACGGUGGCGAGCCGAUCCAUGCUCCCGUAGACCUUUGCCUGGACGUCAUUCUUUGGGUUCAUCCUUCACCGCACAUGCAGGUUGUCUUUCCUAUGCGCGACACAACAGCCAACAUCACUUUAAGCAUUUUGGAAGGCGGGCUGGUGCAAAUUAUCCACGAAAAUGUCAUUGGCGAGGCACCGGGGCCCAUCAAGGAGAUUAAUGGAAGUUAUGUGACAAGAGAGCACCUGGCCAAGGUGCUGGAGCACCUGGAGGACUUGAGCAAAUGGGCCGAAUGGAUUCGAUCCCGGUUGUAA